CGCUGCGGCUGCGGCUGUCGCUCUGCGCCGUGCGCUACACCGGCGUGGCCGGCGCCGCCUUCCGGCAGGAGCAGCACCGCCGCACGCUGCCCCCGGGACAGGAGGACACGGUGACCAUGGCCGUGCCCUACGCCGAGUACCGGCCCCACGUCGGGGACCAGGACGCGCUGAAGCUGACGGUGGCGGCCGCGGUGCAGGAGAGCGGCCAGGUGCUGGCCAAGGAGCUGCUGGUGCGGCUGCACACGCCCGAGCUCACCCUCACGCUGCUGGGCCCGGCCGUGGUGGGCGAGGAGGUGGCGGUGCAGGUGGUUUUCCAGAACCCUCUGCCCGAGCCGCUGAACGGAGCCUCGCUGCGCAUGGAGGGCGCCGGCAUCUCCUGCCCCAAACCCGUGUCGCUGGGCCCCGCCCCCUCGCUCCGAUUGGCCCUGGCCGGGGCCUGGUGGACUCUCAGGGGGCGUGGCCCGGGUGGGCGUGGCCCCGGUGGGCGUGGCCCCGGUGGGCGUGGCUGGGGGCGGCUCCUGGCGCUGCUGGAGGCCGUGGGGGGCGGGGCCCCGGCGCUGCUGCGGCCCCAGCACCGGGCGGGGCUCAGCCUGGGGCUCAAGGCGCAG